GUAGGGUAGAGUCACAUUGGAUGACCUCCAUGGAAUCCUUCAUAGACCACCCAGUUACCCCGGUGUUCCUACCAGUCCCAAAGAAAUAGUUCUGGGAAUAGGACUCUGCAUGUUUCCUAGAGCAGGAAAGAGUAUCACGCUCCCUCCCUGACUUCUCUGUUGCUGCAGGAAACCUUCCUUGUCCUCUGUCAGUGUUUGCUGGAAGGAAACUUUCUGCAGUGACAGAGUGUUGCCUAUGUGCUCCUGUGUAGCCACCAGUCACCGCAGCUGUUAAACGACUGAAAUAGAGGAGACUCCAAGGCGCGUGGAGGCCAGCGCAGGGCCCCGCGCCGAGGCUCGGGCGACGUGUACUUCCAUCCCUGUGGAUUUUCAUCUCUGCCUCUCGAUCCGGUAUUGGAGCCUGUCAGGCAGAGCCAUGGCCUCCCCCAUAGUCACCAAGAAGAUGAAGGAGGAAGUCACCUGCGCCAUCUGCCUGCUCCUGAUGGCGGAGCCCGUGAGCAUCAGCUGUGGGCACAGCUACUGCAGACAGUGCAUCAACGACUUCCUGAAGAACCUACACCAGGCGGAGCCGUCGCUCAAUGUGUUUUCCUGUCCCCACUGCCGGGCUCCGUUUCGGAUGGCCAGCGUCCGGCCCAACAAGCACCUGGGAAAUCUCAUCGAAGCCAUCAAGGAGAUGGACCAGGAAAUGUCGUGUGAGGAACACGGAGAGUUCCUCCACCUGUUCUGCGAAGACGAAGGCCAGCUCAUCUGCUGGCGCUGUGAGCGGUCACCGCAGCACAAAGGGCACAACACAGCUGUCAUCGAGGACGUAUGCCAAGGCUACAAGGAAAGGCUCCAGAAUGCCCAGACGAACUUGAAGCAGCUGGAAGAGGAGUGUACGAAACAGAAGGUGCUCGCCAGAAAGCAAAUAAGCGAAUGGAAUGAGAAGAUAGAGAGUCAGAAACAAAAAAUCCAGUCUGACUUCAAGAAUCUUCAGAGCUUUUUGCAUGAAGAGGAGAAGUCUUACCUGUGGAGACUGGAGGAAGAGAACAAGCAGACUCUACAGAGACUCAUGGAUAACGAGGCCACUCUGAAACAGAAGAGCCAAGAACUCAAGAGUCACAUCCUGGAACUAGAGAAGAGAUGUCAGAGCUCAGCCCAGACGUUGCUGCAGGACGUGAAAGAGACUUUGCGCAGGAGUUCGGCUGUGAAGCUGGAAACACCAGAGGCCCAUUCUUUGGAAGUUCAUACUGUGUGCAGUGUUUCUGAGCUUUAUUUUGAUAUGAAGAAGAUGUUAAGGAGCUAUCAAGUCAACGUGACUCUGGAUCCAGACACAGCCCAUCAUGAGCUAAUUCUGUCUGAAGAUCGGAGACAAGUGACUCGUGGAUGCUUCCAGGAGAAUCUAGGCAAUUCCUCUAGGAGAUUCACCGUCUUACCCAGUAUCCUGGGCUGUGAAGGCUUCACCUCAGGAAGACAGUACUUUGAAGUAGAUGUAGGAGAAGGAACUGGCUGGGAUUUAGGAGUUUGUUUGGAAAAUGUGCAUAGGGACAUUGGCGUGAUACAGUGCCCUCAGUCUGGAUUCUGGGCCAUCAGACUAUGUGUAAAGAAAGGCUACGUAGCGCUCACCUCUCCCCUAACCUCCCUCUAUCUGAGGGAGCAGCCCCUGGUUGUGGGGGUUUUUCUGGACUGCGACGUCGGGGUUGUAUCCUUUUACAACAUGACCACUGGCUCCCACAUCUUUACCUUCCCGAGGGCCUCCUUCUCUGAUACUCUCCGGCCCUACUUCCGGGUUUAUCAACAUUCUCCUUUGUUCCUGCCUCCCCCAGACAAGUAAGGAAAGUAGCAAAACCUUCUGGUUUAGCUACCGUAGAAAAUAUCAUGGAAAUCCCUUGAGGGCAGAAAUUUGGUCUGUUCUUUUCGCUGCUGUUGCACUUAGAACUCUGCUGCACUUGUGGCUACUUAAUAAACCUGCUUUGAAUGAA